AUAAGUAGAUAACCAUUGGUUGGUCUGCUUGGAAAAUUCCUCUCCAGGUUGCCAUGAAUACUUUUCAUUUUCUCAAAUACUUACAUAUUCUACCUUUUCCCUCCAUUUUUAAUGGAUGUGUACUAACCAUUCCUCACUAAUAUUUAAUUAUUGACUUAAUUACUUUUUACACAUUUUUCUUAAUAUUCUAAGUUUGAAGCACUCAACGUAUAUAGAAGUAUUAAAUAUUUAUGUUCCAAAAUCUUAUCAUUUGAUCACAUUCUUAUUAUUUCAACAAUAAUAUUAGCAAAAUUUCCAUGGAAAUGAGCUUGGUUUUGGCAAAACCAUCAACAUGCUUCAAUAGGUCAUCAUAUUUCCACCCUCUACAACAUCUUAAGCAUGAUUUUAGUUAUGAUCUAAGAUUCUCUACACAAACGGAAAGAAGGUUUCAUUUAGCAAUUAGGAGUAGUCUUCAACCAGUUCCACCACCAAUGCCACCACCAAAUCCAUCAUCAAAUCCUCUUCCUGGAUUUCCUGGGAAAGGGUGGAUAGCGGGAGCAAUUCUUGCAUUAUUGUUACCGUUUUUGAAGAACAAAUGGGGGCCCUUACUCUUAUUCAAAAAAGCUGAAGAAAAACUAGAGACAAUAGAAGUAAUAGCAGAAACGUUGGAGAAAGUGGCAGAUGGGGUGGAGCAGAUAGCUGAGGAUAUUGGAAAAGAUCUUCCUGAAGGAGCUUUUAAAAGGACGGCUUUGUUAAUUGAAGAUGUUGCUGAGAAAGUUGAAGCUGCUGCUCAUUUUACUGAUUCAGCCAUUGACAAGAUACAAGAAUUAGAUGAAGAAGUGGAAUCCUUGAUUGAGUUAAAUCAGAGAAGUGCGAGCGAGUUAAGUGAAGAAAAGACAAACACCAAACAGGCAUAAAUGCUAUUAUUAUGUACAAAGUAUCUCAUUUGGAUAUUUUAUGAAAAAAACUCCUCAAGUUUAGUCUUAAAAAGUGUUAGAACGACGAUGUUUAAAUGUUUAAAAGCGACCCCAGCUUUGCAAAUUAUUACUAAGAUAAUAUGCCGAUGUCAAAUUUUUUGAUUGUAGAUUUGUAGUGGAAGAUUUAUAUUUUUUGCUGUGAUUUUAUGUGGAAGAUAUAUUAGUUAGUUAAUAUGUAAACUUAUAAACAAACUAUUGUUCCAAUGUAAUUGUAAAAAUUGUUUUUUUUUUUAUUAUUUAUGACGUAUUAACGGUAAAAUAUUUAAUGAGAAAAUAAAAAAUAGACUAUAUAAAUGAAGAUAAGUAAAGCUAAAUUAUAAGGAAAGAAAAAUGAUAAAGAAUAUAAUAAUAUGAGAAAAUAAAUGAAAAAUAAGAUAAUCGAUCUUAAUUUGAGUGAGAAGAAGGAAAAUGAUUAUGUGCUUCGAGAAAAGUACUUGCAGCUCCAUCAAACACAAUGUGCACAUAUGGAUUAUCCGUUUUUAAAAAAUAAUCUAAAACAACUACGCUGACCCUAACUCUAUGGUUAUGAUAUCGUUACAACUUUACACAAACAGCUUAUUUAUGAUACCAAACUAUUUCUCAAUGCAUAUUAUAUAAAAACUUGGGAAAAAUGCAAAAAAGUAUCUAAGAAAUUUUUUUUUAAAAAAAUACCUAAUAAAAAAAAUUUUGUCAAAAAAUACCUGAUAACAUUUUUUCAUUUCCAAAGAAUACCAAUUAACGUUUUCCUUCAGUUGAUCGUCAAAUAUAACGGUUCACUGAUCAAAGUCAAAAAUUCGUCUUCCUCAUCUUCAAUUUCUUUUCCAAUUCAAUUUCUUCAUUAUCUUGUUCUUCUACUUUUUACUCAAAAUCAAAAUUAAAUUGUAAAAGAAAUUGAAGAUG